CGCUCUGGCCAUGCCAGAGCGAGCCGCCGGCCGCACUGCCGGACAAUGCUGCACGGCCGGGGCCCGUGCGACCGCCGCUCCGUGCUCAAGCUGCUCUUGAGCCUCAUGAGCAAGCACGAGGGCCUGUGCCUGACCAUGCUCGCCGUCGGCGCGGUCAAGAGCGGCCGUCGGGGACGCAAGUAGUGGAGGGUUUCGAAGACGUCGUUCCUCCGCGUCGUGUCAAAGUGCGCGCUCGCCGAGUAGCGAUCCACGGCCUCGACGUCGAGCUCCGCCCUCGGCAGCGCCGGGACAUGAUUGCACAGCCGCGGCUCGCGUAGAAUGACCCAGUCGCGCGAGGCGCUGACCAUCAUGGCGGAGUCCGGCCCCACGUUCAGCAAGGCGGGCACGCUGUCGGUGCCGCGCUGGGCCGCCCUGCUGGUGGCGGCCGUCUUCGUCGCCAUCCUGGUGGCCACCGGCCUGGCCGUCUACUCGCUCACGGCCUGCCCCGCCCCCGCAGCGACGGCCCCCGCGGCGGGCACGGCGGACGCGGCGGCCAGGGGCGAGGACAAGGCCGUGGACAGGAUCGACGUGCGUCUGCCCAGGAGUGUCCAUCCCAUCGCCUACGAGAUAAGGCUGCUGCCCUUCCUCCAGGGCAACUUCUCGUUCCGGGGCGAGGUGGCCAUCACGAUGAACGUGACGGAGCCCACCAACAACGUGACGCUGCACGCGCUGGACCUGGCCGUGGACGAGCGCUCCGUGUCGCUGACGCGCCAGGACGGCGUCGGCGACGGCGCCGCGUCCACGGGCGUGCCCAUCAGCGGCCACCGGCGCGACCGGCGCCGCCAGUUCCACGUCAUCCAGACCAGGAUGCAGCUGCAGCCCGGCACCUACCGGGUCAGGAUCAAGUUCACGGGCGUGCUGGGCGACGACCUGCAGGGCUUCUACCGCAGCUCCUACGUGGAGAAGAACGUGACGAGGUGGGUGGCGGUCACGCAGUUCCAGUCCACGGACGCGCGCCGCGCGUUCCCCUGCUUCGACGAGCCGGCGCUCAAGGCGCGCUUCAAGCUGCACCUGGGCCGGCCCAAGAACAUGACGACCGUCUCCAACAUGCCGCAGAGCAGCGCCUCCACGCCGGUGGACGGCGUGCCGGGCUACGUGUGGGACCACUACCAGGAGUCGGUGCCCAUGUCCACGUACCUGGUGGCCUUCGCCGUCACGGACUUCGCCACCCUCCGCAACGGCUCGUUCACGGUGUGGGCGCGCCGCGACGCGCUGCAGCAGGCGCGCUACGCCCUCCAGAUCGGCCCCCGGGUGCUCAACUACCUCGAGAAGUACUUCAACAUCCCGUACCCGCUGCCCAAGAUGGACAUGAUGGCGCUGCCCGACCUGGCGGCCGGCGCCAUGGAGAACUGGGGGCUCAUCACGUACCGGGAGAUGGCCAUGCUGUACCAGGAGGGCGUGUCCACCACCAGCAACAAGCAGCAGGUCGCCACCGUGGUGUCGCACGAGCUGGCGCACCAGUGGUUCGGCAACCUGGUCACGCCGUCCUGGUGGUCCGACCUGUGGCUCAACGAGGGCUUCGCCAGCUACGUCGAGUACCUCGGCGUGGACGCGGUGGAGCCGGACUGGCUCAUCCUGGAGCAGUUCGUGGUGAGCGAGGUGCAGAUGGUGUUCGGGCUGGACGCCCUGCAGUCCUCCCACCCCGUGUCCAUCGAGGUGUUCAACCCGGACGAGAUCAACGAGAUCUUCGACCGCAUUUCCUACGGCAAGGGCGCGUCCAUCAUCCGCAUGAUGGACCACUUCCUCACCACCAAGGUGUUCACGUCGGGGCUGACGGGCUACCUGCGCGGCCGCUCCUACUCGUCGGCCACGCAGAACAACCUGUGGGACGCGCUGACGGCGCAGGCGCAUAGCGACCACGCUCUGCCCCUCGACGUCACCGUCAGGGACAUCAUGGACACGUGGACGCUGCAGACGGGCUACCCGGUCGUGACCGUCACCAGGGACUACGGCACGGGCAGCGCGCGCGUGGAGCAGCGCCGCUUCGAGCUGCGGCCCAACUCCUCGGACGCGGAGCCGCUCUGGUGGGUGCCGAUCACGUUCACGACGCAGGCCGUGGCCGACUUCGCCACCACCAAGCCCAGUCACUGGCUGCGGCGGCAGCGCUCCACCACCCUGGACCUGGGCGCGCGCGCCGGCGAGUGGGUCGUCUUCAACAUCCAGGAGACGGGCUUCUACCGCGUCAACUACGACACGCAGAACUGGCGGCUGCUGGGCGCCGCGCUCCGCGACCAGCACUCUCUGGCCGUGAUCGCCGCCACGAACCGCGCCCAGCUCGUGGACGACGCCCUCAACCUGGCGCGCGCCGGCGUGCUGGACUACGGCGUGGCCCUGGACAUGACGCGCUACCUGCGCCUCGAGACGGCCUACCUGCCCUGGAAGGCCGCGCUCAACGCGCUCGGCUACAUCGACAGCAUGCUCGUGGACAGCGGCCACUACGACAAGUUCAAGGCCUACAUGAUGGACCUGAUGCUGCCGCUGUACGAGUCGGUGGGCCUGGAGGAGCACCCCAACGACCCGCUGCUCAAGGUGCUCACCAGGGUGUCCCUCAUGUCCUGGACCUGCAACUUCGGACACGAGCCGUGCGUCAACGCGGCCUUCGACAUGUUCUCCCGGUGGCGCAACGCCACGGACCCGGACAGGGAAAACCCGAUCCCCGCCAACCUGAAGCCCGUGGUGUACUGCACGGCGCUGCGCAAGGGCGGCCAGGCCGAGUGGGACUUCGCGUGGCAGCGCUACCUGCGCACCAACGCCGCCUCCGAGAAGGACCUGCUGCUGAACGCGCUGGGCUGCACGCGCGAGACGUGGAUCCUGAGCCGCUUCCUGGAGCGCGGCAUGACGGACAACUCGGGCAUCCGCAAGCAGGACGUGGCGCGCGUCUUCAGCUCCGUGUCGGGCAGUGUGGUGGGCCAGCCGCUCGCCGUGCGCUACCUGCGCGACAAGUGGGACCGCGUGCUGCAGUACCUCGGAUCGUCCAUGUUCAUGAUCAACAACAUCGUCCGGAGCACGUUCAAGCGGAUCAACAGCAAGUACGAGUUGAUGGACCUGAAGCGCUUCGCCGAGGACAACAAGAAGGAGCUGGGCACCGCCGCGCGCCAGGUGCUGCAGUCCAUCGAGCAGGCCGAGGCCAACAUCGAGUGGAUGGACAAGAAUUUCGACACGAUCGUGUGGUGGCUGGGGAACGCCACAGUGCGCCCCAGCAGCUAGUCUCUCUCCUGAAGGGCGAACCAUUUCAGGGAUUAGUGUAGGGGGCCGUAUUUGG